AGUUUCAAAUCUGUCAUUCAAGAGAAACAAACUCAUCGUUUCCUUUUCCUUCUGCACAGUAGAUGCCCUACGGUGGCAUGGUAUGGGUUACGUGGUAGGAGGGCAGGAUGCUAAUAUUUUAUAAAGGCCGAAAUCAAUUCUUGAAUGUUCAGAAAGACAGAAGGAUCUUCACAAGAAAGCAAAGAACUACACAAAGAUACCUGCCACGUGAGAAAGAUUGUAUUCAUCAGCAAGCAGAACGGUUUACUGAACGAUUGGGGAACUGUGUUGAAAAAUUGGAAGCUCAAUCACAGGAGGAUAAAGUUCAUUGUGAAGAUGAAGUUCAGCCUAAUUUUAGCCACACUUCUCUGUUUCGCCACGUGGAUAAACUUGGUCCACCCAAACCACGGACCCACAGACAACUGCUGGUGUCAUCAUUUGUCCACCACCAGAGUCCAUCGUGAUCGGAUCGUGGAUUACACCGUUCAGAAGGAAGGCGUCUGUACCAUUAAAGCAAUAAUAUUUCAGACAGUCCGUGGAAAGAGAGUCUGCUCCGACCCCAGCAGCAGCUGGGCAAAAACAAUGAUUCUGGUGGUGGAUGAAAAGAAAGCAACGCUGAGUUCAGGCAAAGAAAGAUUGGCAUCAUCAAGCAUAAUGACAACAACAACAGCAUCCACCUUCACAAACACAACUGAAACAAAUGGCACAACUGUAACUAGACACCUGAAGAAAAGUAACAGCAAAAGGCCAAACACAAUGAUUCAGAAGAAGGAUGACAAGAAAAGGCAGUGAUGGGUUUGAAUCCAAACAGGGAAGAAUCGGGGUCAUCAACAAUCAUGACAACAACAGCAUCCACCUUCACAAACACAACUGAAACCAAAGGCACAACUGUAACUAGACACCUGGAAGAUAGUAAACAGACAAUGAACGAUGACAAAGAAAACAAUUUAUUGUUAACACGUGUAUAUCAAAUAAGCUAAAAGCUUUCCCUCUUUCACUUGCAAAUAAAUCACUUU